AUGGCUCAAGAACCUGCCCCAACAGCUCCAGCAACACACACGCAAUCCUCGCGCAAGGGCAAGAGAGCAUGGCGCAAGAACAUCGACCUGACCGCCGUUCAAUCCGGCCUCGAGGACCUCCAAUCCGCCAAGAUCGCUCAUGGCAAUGUCUUGCCGGCGGAGAAGGAUGCCAGUGAGCUCUUCGCCACAGACACAGUGGGGGAUGAGGACUUCGCGAAGAAACAGCAGGUGGGGAGGAAAUUGCUGAAGGCGGAGGAGAUUCUGGCUAUGAGAAGCGCCGUUCCCGGCCUGGACGGGAGGAAGAGGAAGGCCGAUGACAAGGUAGCCGCACCGAGGCUAGGCAAGAAGGCGAAGAAUGGGGCGUACGUCUCGCACAAGGAACUGCAAAGGCUGAGAGCUGUGGCAGAUGGGAAGACUGGUGGGGUGCCAGCCGGUGAAGAAGGAGCUACGCACGACCCAUGGGAUGAUGAACCCGUCGCAGAGGCCCCGGAAUUCGACUUCAUCCGCUUCGCCCAGCCCAAGAAAAAGCGCGAGCCAAAGACUCUCAAACACGCACCCAAACCUCUGACCAAGUCCGGCAAGCACAUCCCCAACGUUGUCCGUCCCAACGCCGGCAAGUCAUACAACCCACUGAUCGGCGACUGGUCUGCUCUGCUUGAACGUGAAGGCGCUGCUGCUGUCGAAGCAGAACAAAAGCGUCUCGCAGCGGAAGCAGAAGCUGAGGCACGCGAAGCUCGAGCAGCGGAGGAAGCGGCGAAGGUUGAAGCGGCGGAGAGGGAUGUCUACGCUACUGAUUAUGACUCUGCGUGGGAGAGCGAGUGGGACGGAUUCAUCUCCGGCGGCGAGAAAGAGCAGCAGGAAGUGUGGACGCAGAAGCAGAAAGCCAGGAAGACGCAGGCUGAGAGGAACAAAGUAAAGGCGCGCAAAGCGCGAGAGGCACAGGCAAUGCAUGAAGAGAAGGUGAAGGCGAGAGUGAAGGAGGAGGCCCGGAUUGCGCAGAUUGCCGCCGAACUAUCCGUCAAAGACAAAGCGAAACAUGCACAUGCUCGUGCCCUUCAACAAGAACACUCCAGCGACUCCGAGGCGGAGGACGUACAACUGCACCGACCACGAUUCGGCAAGGUGGCGGUACCAGAAGCCCCGCUUGAGGUCGUCCUACCCGAAGAUCUCCAGGACUCGCUGCGAAGGCUGAAGCCCGAAGGAGACUUGAUGCAGGAGCGGUACAGAAACCUCCUGGUCAAUGGCAAAUUGGAGAUGCGCAAGAGAGCAGGGGAGAGGAAGAAGCCGAAAGUAACGCGUGGGGAGAAGUGGAGCUACAAGGAUUGGCAAUUGCGGUAG